AGCUGAUGGCACCGCCGUGUAAAGUAGCUUAGUGAGAUGACAGCGGGCAACAUGGCUCUUCACUGGCCUCCACUCAUCAGAAAUGACUUAUUUUAGGGACGAGUGAACGCCUUGUCAUCAAUGGCUAGCUGUUAGCUUGUGUUAAACGUUAAGGCUAGUUAGUUCGACAGGGCGUCUGUAUAUUGGCUCGUUAAAUCACCGGUGAUGGUCUUCAGUCCUGUAUGAUGUAACUACAUGAGACGCUGAGAUGGAAGACAGCGAUGGGGAAGACUCUGUAGAAACACUUGAGCUGCCUCUGGAGAUCAUAGUUUACAUCUUGAGCUUCCUUCACACCUCAGACAGAAAGGAAGCCUCACUCGUCUGCCGCAGCUGGUACCAUGCUAGCCAGGACCUUCGCUUUCAGAGGAAUGUCACAUUUAGCUUCCCGGCUUCAGCCUCGUCUCUGGAGCUGGUCAGAGGUCUGGGCAGGAAGUCUCGCUGCAGUCUGAUCAUCAGUCAGCUGGAUGGAUUCAGCAUGUCCAGAUCUCUGCUUCUGGAGGUGGGGUUGUGUCUAGGCUCUAAGCUGGAGAGCUUGGCCCUGCCUGGUAGCAGUAUAACAGAGGCUUCUCUGCUGGCCCUCCUCCCUCGCCUCACGUCACUCCGCAAGCUGGACCUCAGAGGUCUGGACAGCCUCUUCAUGUCCGGAGCUUUCCUCUCCAGGGAGGAGCACAGACAGCAGGUCAGUUCAGCUUUGUCUGGUCUGGAGGAGCUGGACCUGUCUGACCUGCGCUACCUCUCUGACCUCACCUUCAAUCGGCUCACCGGCUGCACCCCUCGCCUCAAACGUCUCUCGCUGGCAGGCUGCCACAUCGCUUUCGAGUUUGACCCGUACCGAGGGUGCCCCGUGGGUGCCGUGGAGGACUCGUCUGCUUUAUUGUCACUUAGGAAUUUGCGGAAGCUGUUAACGGAGCAGAAAUCCACCCUGGUUUCUCUGGACCUCAGCAGAACCUCCAUCACCCCUGAGUCACUACGCACUAUUGUCCAGGUUCAGGGUUUGGUCUUGGAGGAACUGUGUCUGCACGGCUGUAAGGAACUGACAGACUACUCGGUGGAGGUUCUGGUGAAGCACCAGCCGUGCCUCCAGAGACUGGACAUCAGUGCCUGUACUGAGCUGACAGCCAGGGCUGUAGUGGCCAUAGCACGAAGCCUGAAGUCACUGACGCACCUCUCUUUGUCUCGUGACUGGAGGAUCACUGAAAAAGGCCUCGCUGACUUAAUGUCCGUGUCGUCUUUGAGGAGUCUGGAUCUGUCCGAGUGUCUGCACGUCAGUGGAGCAGAGAUAGUGAAAGGCUUGACGGGAUCCAACACCGCCAAAGCCCGGCUGGAGACGCUCAACCUCAAAAACUGCACUUACAUCAGGGACGCUGCCGUGUUCUCUCUCACGAAGCUUCUCGGGAAUACUCUCCGUGAGCUGGACCUGACCUUGUGCGUCAAUGUGACUGAUGUGUCCGUGCGCGCUAUCACCACCUACCUGCAGGGGCUGGUAGUUCUGCGACUGGGCUGGUGUAAAGAAGUCACAGACUGGGGCCUGCUGGGGAUGGUGGAAACGACCAAGUGUGAGCCUGAUGAGAGGGGAGACAAGGGUCCCAGGUUCACGCGGACCUUUGGCAACAUGGGCUUCUUCAAGCCUCCUCGUUUGCCUUUUGAGGAACGGCCCAAGCUGGUGACUCAGGAUGACCUGGAGCAGUUUAAACAGCAGGCGGGAGCUUCGCUGUUAGCCCUCAACAGGCUACAGGAGCUGGACCUCACUGCCUGCUGCAAACUCACUGACAGCAGCAUCGUACAGGUGGUGCGCUACCCAGACCUCCAACGGCUGUCUCUCUCCAUGCUGCCAGAGAUCACUGACGCCAGCUUGUUGUCGAUAGCCUGGCACUGCCGCAGCCUCACCAGUCUGGCACUCAGCCACUGUCCACAAAUCAGCGAUCACGGAGUGGCACAGGCGGCGCCGUACCUUCACAGACUGCAGCAUCUCUACUUCUCCUGUUGUAACAACGUCACUGACAGAUCCUUGCUCCUUCUGGUUCAACACUGUAAGCGGCUGAGAACACUCGACAUCUCAAAGUGCAAAAACAUCUCCGUUACAACCGUGGACCUCCUUCAGUCACAGCUGCCCUUUUUGGAAAAUGUCCACUACAAAUACAUAGGUGGGAUGGAUCUUACUCUUACACUCUGACUGACUGACUGACUGAAUAUCCUUGAUGAUUGCUGGACCAAAGCCCACGCUGUGAGUCAGGCCUUUGCACAUUUCAGUAAUUUGCCCAAAAAGUGAAGGAACUGUAGAAAAGCUGUUGGUAAGAAUCACCUCUUCUGUGUUGGGUUAUACUACAAACUCUUGGAUGAGGCUGAUUUGGAUUAACAUCUGCAUGCAUCUGUACAUUUUCAUCCUACUGUUGUCCGACGGCAGAAUCAGAAACAUGUGUUCACUGUUGGAUUCAAACAAUCAGACAUAACAGGAAUCUAACUAUCUUCAAAGAUCAUUAACUGUUAACUGAUCGUUAACAGACAAGGAGAAAAGGUUUGGACUAAUUAAGUUGAGUUUAUAUGGUGUAUCACCACUGAAGGUACAGAUUUAAUAUAACCAGGGUAUUUAAAAGGUUUGUGCCUGAGUAGAACUAUCCGUGCAAAUGAGAAACGCAGAAACUUCCAGUGAAAAAGAAAUAUUCUCACUUAAUUUUUUUCCUACAUUUGUUUCUAGGAAGUACGUUGCCUAAAGGAGAUUUUGUUGGUUCUAUAAAUGGUCUCAUUGUAGCAAGAUAAUUUUAUCUGUAGUUAAAAGGCUAGCAGGAUCUGAGAAAACUAAAUGACAUAACAAACUGUCCCUUUAGCUAACCAAAGUGGCUCUGUUGGUAAAAAAAAACAACCCCUGCAGACUAAAUUCCACUUGCUAACAUUCCCAUUAUAUUGCUUAAUUUGAGA